UGUUCUCAGUGCCCCUCGGGCUCGAGCCGCGGUGGAUCCGGAGGGGUCGUGUUGUGCCCGGGGGCGCUUUUGCGUGCGGAGUGGCUGCGGAAGCCGGAUCUGGUCUCCCGAAAGCCAGACAACUUGUUGAAAUUUGAGGACGGAGGUGUCUUCUCAGACGAGCCUGGCUCUAGAAGACUGACGUUCAAGGCUCGAAGCCUGCAGGAUUGCCUUGGGAAGGUGGAUGAUGGCUGCAGAGGGGCCGAGAGUAAGCACUCCCUUGAGCCCCUUGGUCCAGGCGCCUCACGAGGAAGAUGAACAGGAGGAGGUCACCACCAUGAUCCUGGAGGACGACUCUUGGGUGCAGGAAGCUGUACUUCAGGAGGAUGGCCCUGAGUCCGAGAGCGCCGGCAAGGGCAGCCCCCACGGGGAGGCGGCUGGAGGGCCUCAGGGUGCGCUUGGCCGCCUUCGGGAGCUCUGUCGGCGCUGGCUGAGGCCGGAGGUGCACACCAAGGAACAGAUGCUGACGGUGCUCCCCAGAGAAAUCCAGGCCUGGCUGCAAGAGCACCGGCCCGAAAGCGGCGAGGAGGCCGUGGCCCUGGUGGAGGACCUGACGCAGACCCUUCGGGACGGUGAUUUUGAGAUCCAGAGCGAGGAUGGGGAGAACUCCAAUCAAGAUGUGUUCGAGGACGCGGAAUCAGGGCAGAUGUUGCCGGAGAGGCCCGACGGGGCGGGCACUCAGCGGCCUGGCUGGGAAAGCGACUUGGAGAGAGACCGUGGCCCCGGGGGGCGCCGGGGAGGGGCCCCGGCCGGGGGCCGCAGGGAGGUGGCGGCCCAGGGCCGGGAGGUGGGACGGCUCAUCGGCCUUCAGGGCACCUACCUGGGGGAGAAGCCCUACGAGUGUCCGCAGUGUGGCAAGACCUUCAGCCGGAAGUCCCACCUGAUCACGCACGAGCGGACCCACACGGGGGAGAAGUACUACAAGUGCGGCGAGUGCGGGAAGAGCUUCAGCGACGGCUCCAACUUCAGCAGACACCAGACCACGCACACGGGGGAGAAGCCUUACAAAUGCAGGGACUGCGGGAGGAGCUUCAGCCGGAGCGCCAACCUCAUAACCCACCAGAGGAUCCACACGGGGGAGAAGCCCUUCCAGUGCGCCGAGUGCGGCAAGAGCUUCAGCAGGAGCCCCAACCUCAUCGCCCACCAGCGGACCCACACGGGGGAGAAGCCCUACUCGUGCCCCGAGUGCGGGAAGAGCUUCGGCAACCGCUCGAGCCUUAACACGCACCAGGGCAUCCACACCGGCGAGAAGCCGUACGCGUGCAAGGAGUGCGGGGAGAGCUUCAGCUACAACUCCAACCUGAUCCGGCACCAGCGGAUCCACACGGGCGAGAAGCCCUACCGGUGCCCCGACUGCGGGCAGAGGUUCAGCCAGAGCUCGGCGCUCAUCACGCACCGCAGGACGCACACCGGCGAGAAGCCCUACCGGUGCGGCGAGUGCGGCAAGAGCUUCAGCCGCAGCUCCAACCUGGCCACGCACCGCAGGACGCACCUGCCGGAGAAGCCCUACAAGUGCGGCGAGUGCGGCAAGAGCUUCAGCCAGAGCUCCAGCCUCAUCGCGCACCAGGGCACGCACACGGGCGAGAAGCCCUACGAGUGCCUGACGUGCGGGGAGAGCUUCAGCUGGAGCUCCAACCUCGUCAAGCACCAGCGCAUCCACACGGGCGAGAAGCCGCACCGCUGCGGCGACUGCGGCAAGAGCUUCGGCCAGCGCUCCCAGCUGGCGGCGCACCGGCGGACGCACACGGGCGAGAGGCCCUACCGGUGCGUCCUGUGCGGCAAGAGCUUCAGCCGCGGCUCGGUCCUCGUCAUGCACCAGCGAGCCCACCUGGGCGACAAGCCGUACCGCUGCCCCGAGUGCGGGAAGGGCUUCAGCUGGAACUCGGUGCUCAUCGUCCACCAGCGCACCCACACCGGGGAGAAGCCCUACAAGUGCCCCGACUGCGGCAAGGGCUUCAGCAACAGCUCCAACUUCAUCACCCAUCAGAGGACUCACGUGAAGGACAAGCUGGGCUGAGGCGGCAGAAGGGCCCCGGGACGCCGAGGUCCCUCCGGGAGAGCCAUGCUCCCUAAGCGGUCUCUGGGGACUUUUGCGGGGACCUCGCCCUCCCCCGUCCCCGUCUCUAACACACCCCGGUGGUCGCAGGCGAACCCCCAGAACAGGGCACGGGGACGGAGGGUCGGGUCUUCUCACCGCUUCGUUUCCAGGCGCGACUGGCGACCUGCGUCCCGGUGCUCUGUGCCUCGGUCCCCUCUCUAGUGGGACGGGGUGGGGUGGGGGUGGGGUGUUUCGCAUGUGGAACGGAAGACCGCGUGCCCCCAGCCCAGGCUGAGUCCUCGGAAAUACGGUCCACAGGUGCUGGUGGUUUCGCCCCCACCUCGCUGGGUUGAGGUGCCUUGACCCCGAGCUGCUGGCACGCCUGGGCGCCCGGUCCAAACGCACUCUUCCUGGCGUGCGUCCUGGGCUUUGAUUGCAGGUCAGGGUGGAUGGGCUUGUCCAGCUCUGGGUCCUCCACAUGAAGGCAAAGGCCGUUUCUGUUUGUAGAAAGCGUCAGGAACACCUAAACACCAGGCUGUACGCCCUGGAACCAGCGUCCUGGUAGGCUUUCCGUUGGUUAAGAGCUGAACAGGGCCUGCCAGGAAGGGUAUAAACGGGGAUGUACACAUUUGCCUGUGUCUCUGCUUACUGUCCCGUGGGAAGUCGGCUGCUGGGGGAGUGCACUGGUUUUUGUGGAGUUUUGGUUUUUGAGUGGGAAGUGAAGUUGGGGACCCCCACUGCCUACCCCUGGCCGAUGGUGGUUUCUGUCUCAUCGAGGGUGGAACAGCCCUGCACUCUUCAGGGGGGCCUGUGUCUUCACCCCCACAGAUAAACAGCCCCCAGAUCAUCUCUAUGCACUGGCCAUUCCCGUUCUUCUAUUGUUUAUGUUCUAUAUGCAGAGGUAGAAUUCUGUCUGGUAGCUUUUGUAUACUUUCAUAUUUUUAAGGAAGUGUUGAUUUUGAGGACACACAGUCUGUCCCCCGGAGGGAUGUGAGCUUGAAUCAGGGGCUGUCCUAACAGGUGUCAUCCUUGGUCUGGGGAUGCUACCAGCGCUUUGUGGUUGGGUCCUUGAGCCUUGAAACCGUAGAGACCAGGGGAUGGUAGCAGGUCAAGGGGGUUGUUAUAAGGAAGAGGAGAGCAGAUAAAGUGUUUCUGGGAAAUGUGAAACCACCUCCUCCAGCACACGGAGCCUGUGCUCACAGCGGGCCUUGGUUCUUAGAGAACGGAUGCUCAACAUUGCCUAAU